AUGGCCAAGGUUUUCACAGGGAGCCGCCGUGAGGCAAUCCUGUGGACCUUGAAUCAACUCGAAGAGAAUACCUUCAAGAUAUUGAAGUUCUAUUUACAGGACAGAAGCUUGCUGGGGAACCAAUGCCGGUUGACCAGAGGAGAAUUGGAGAGGCUGAGUGCAGUAGAUCUGGCUUCCCAGCUGAGUUUAAUCUAUGGAGAUUAUGAGGCUGUAAAAGUAGUGCUCAAAAUCCUGAAGGUCAUGAGCCUUAUGGAACUCGUGGAAAUGCUCAAUCCCUUUUGUCUGUCUGAUUACAGAAAAAUAUACCGAGAGUAUGUGUGCAGUCUGGAGGCAAGUCAAGAAGGAGGAGUGAACAGCAGCUAUAACCAGCUGUUGCUGGUGGCCAACCCCAGCUCAGGAAGCUCAGAAUCACCGGCUUGCCCUCUCCUAGAGCAAGAGCUGGAUUCUGUCACAGUGGAGUCUCUAUUUGAUCCAAGAGAAAAUUCUUCCAAAACGCCACCCCUUGUGGUACUACAAGGGAAUGCUGGUACUGGAAAGACAACACUUGUCAAGAAAAUGUUGCUGGAUUGGGCCUCUGGCAACCUGUACUCAGACCAAUUUGAUUAUGUCUUCUAUGUGAGUUGCAAAGAAGUGGUCCUGUUACAGAAGAGCCACCUGGAUCACUUACUCUUUUGGUGCUGUGGGGAUAGUGAAGCUCCAGUCUCAGAGAUUCAGAAACAGCCAGAGCGGCUUCUGUUUAUCCUGGAUGGCUUUGAUGAGCUGCAGAGGUCCUUUGCAAAGGGCUUGCAGAGGAAAGCAAGGAGUCCCAUGGAGUCUGUGCUGUACCUUCUAAUUAAAAGAGACAUACUGCCUGAAUCUUCUCUUCUCAUUACCACUCGGCCCUUGGCUUUGCAAAGUCUGGAAUCUGUUCUGAAGCAUCCACGUUAUGUCCAUAUCCUAGGCUUUUCUGAGGAUGAGAGAAGGAAGUAUUUUAAAUCAUAUUUUACAGAUGAGGAGCAAGCCAAAAAUGCCUUUGAGAUUGUACAAGAAAAUGAGGUUCUCUACAAAGCAUGUCAAGUUCCAGUCAUUUGUUGGGUGAUUUGUUCCUGGCUAAAAGGGCAGAUGGAGAGAGGCAGAAAGAUUUCAGAAAUUCCCAAUAAUGACACUGACAUAUUCAUGGCUUAUGUCUCCACUUAUCUUCCACCAAGUGACAGUGCGGACUGUUCAGAACUUACACGGAACAAAGUUCUGAAGGGUUUGUGUUCCCUGGCAGCAAAAGGAAUACAGAAUCAGAGGUUUAUGUUUAAUGAGACUGACCUGGAAAAAUAUGAUUUAGAUGGGCCCAGUCUGGCUCCUUUUCUAUAUAGCAGUAAUUACCAAGAAGGACUGGACCUCAAGAAGUUCUAUAGCUUCCGCCACAUUAUUUUCCAGGAAUUUUUUAAUGCCAUUUCCUACCUACUAAAAGAGGACCAGCAGGGGAAAGAGUCUCUUAAGGAAGUAAGUAAGCUGUUGCAUGAUGAUGGGCAGACAGGGAAUGAGAUGACCCUCAGUAUGCACUUUUUAUUGGACAUAUCAAAAAGAGAAAGCUCCUCAAACUUGGAACUAAAGCUUUGUUUUAAAAUUUCUUCAUCGAUAAAGCGAGAUUUGAAGCAUUUUAAAGAACAAAUGGAAUCUAUGAAGCAUAAAGGGACAUGGGACUUGGAAUUCUUUCUGUAUGACAAAACAUUGAAUAAUCUGGUAAAUGGAGUUCGGAUGAGUGACAUAUCAUUUAAGAUGAAUCAUUCAAAUGAAAAGACAUUCAAGAGUGGGAACUCAUUUUAUGUCAAAACCAGUUUGAAUAAUGGACAGAAAGAAGAGGAAAAAUAUUCCAUUGCGGGAAAAGAGUCACAAAAGGAGGCUUCUAGUGAAAAAAAGCUUGAGGAUGAAGGCACUAUAGACAAGGAGGUUAGGGGCACUACAAGGAAAAGCAGAGAAGUGGACAAGGUAGAGUCAGAAGAAAGGUGUAAUAGAAUGACAAGACAAUGGGGAAGACAGAAUGAAAAGAAAUAG